AUCCCCGUGCUCGCAACACUGUGCGCUCGCAGCACGACCACCACGAACAGCACAAGCGAGCAAGCAAGAAGCAAGCAAGCAAGAAAAGCAAGCAAACAAAGAAACAAGGAACCAGACCACAGGCGACACACCAGCUGGACCAACACACUGACAACCACGAUGAAGGUGUCCUUGGUUGCGUUGGUGGUACUGCUUGUGGUGGUGGCAACUGGUGUUCUUCCCCCAUGUGGUUGUGUGGCCACAAGCGACAGUGAGUGGCGAGAUGGCAAUCACAGCAGCAACAACAACAACGGCAACAACAACAAUUACACCAGCAACAACAACUACAAUAACAACAACGCACAGGCUUUGGCGCCAGAUCCACUGAUCGGCGGGUUCCCUGUCCGCAGCAGUAGCAGCAGCCGCAUCAAACGGAGCGACAUCAUCCACAACGACAACAGCAACGACAUCAUCCACAACGACAACAGCAACGACAUCAUCAACAGCAACGAUGACGAGGAAGGCGACGAGGGUGCGCCCGUGUCUGGGCCCGUGCUCAAGAACCGGUUCUCGCCCGUGGAGGUCCCAAGUCUGCAGUACACGCCAGUGCUCUACCACACGACAGAGGUGGUCACCUUCCAGCACCAAGAGGAUCUGCAAGGCACGACGGUGGCCAACCUCACCCGCCUCAUCCAGCUCGGCGGCACCAAGUGGGACAGCGUGCCGGGCAACAUUGGGGUGAACCAGAUCCAGAUCCAUUCCGUGGAGACGUGGCGCCGGUGCCGGGACCUUACGCCUGAUGUGUCGCCGUCUGGCUUCACGCUGCACACCUCUGUGCAGUUUGCUGAUCACGAGGGCAUCUUCAUCUACGGCGGGCUCACCCCCACCGGAGAGGGUCCCAACAAGUUUGAGAACAUGCAGGAGCUGUUCUUGGUCAACAUCUACGCCAACUUUGCCAAGCGCAUCUUCGAGUGCCACUGGGAGCCCGUGCAGACACAGAACCCGCCCCAGCCGCGCCACGGACACGCCAUGGUGAAGCUGAACGAGUUCCAGUUUAUCAUUCACGGCGGGUGCGGCGACCACAAGAUCCAGGACGACCCGACGGCGCGUGUUCGCUUCUUCUUCAUCUGCAUCGAUCCCCUGCGCGACAUGCACUUGUUUGAUAUUCGUACGCGCAUGUGGACGCGGCUUGAGGUGCAGGGCGCACCGCAGCUCGUGUAUCACCACAUGAGCUUGCUUACCGCAGACAGGCAGCUGAUUCUCUUUGGCGGGUACACGGAGGAGCAAGUGGUCAACACAGACAUGCUCGCGGCAACAGUCCCACGUGGCGAUGUGACCGAAGGCACGGCGCUUGUGUUUGAGCACGUGCAAGUGUCACCGGUGCCGCAAGCAUACACGCGCGGCGCCAUUGACGCUGUUGCCGACGACACCAUCCACUACUUCCUGACUCCGAGCCCGGGCAGCCACUUUGACAAAGGCAGAAAGCUGAUAUCACUGCAGGGCCAGUUUGUCCCCGGCACCGAUCACCAGCAGUUUGUGUGGCGCUUGGCAAACGUCUUCCCCAGCGCUGACCACCCGUGGUCGGCAGGAGAGACGCUCCGCAGCUUUGCGCUCGGCGGCGGGUUUGCGUUUGCGGAGGUGCACAACGGGCGCGGUGUGCUGUCCGGCGUGUUCCUCAACGACGCGACGGGGGACCUUGCUCCUGUGUGGGAAGUGUUUGACUUCAACAACCGCGUCAUGUCCUUCAGCGUCCUCCAGGCGUUUACGCAACCCUCACACAGAUCGUAUGCGGAGGUGGUGCAGCUGGACGAUUCGCAUUUCCUGCUCGCUGGCGGCGCGUCCCCUGGUCCCGACGACACGGCCUGGCUGCUCAUUCCAGACAAACUCGACAUACGCAAGCUGGGCGACAUGCCCACGUUCGUCACGCGCCCCAACCCGCGAAACGCCGUGUUUGCGCGUUUCGGGUUCUGUCUCGUGAAUGUUCCUGAGAGCGAUGACGUGUUGAUUGCCGGCGGCACGACGUCCAACCAGUACCCGGCCCUCGACGACUACUUCUUCCAUGUGAGCUCUGCCAAUGUGACGAGCCCCCUGGACGACAACCCGACGUACGCGUCGCUGCACAUGUACGGCCACCGCUGCUUCAGGCGUGGCUCCACCGUCAUUGCCGUUGGCGGUAUCCCGACUGGUGGUGCGAACGUCCCCGUCCUCGCCAUGCCCCUGCUGCACUUCUGGACACCCCAGCAGGGGUGGGUUGGCUGCAAUGUGCCCUCUGCAACGCACCAGCCGACGCUGGCGGCGAUGGAGAUGUUGCGCACACACAGCGACGGCAGAGAGGAAGUGGUCAUCUUUGGCGGGUACAAUGGCCGCGACAGUGCGCCGCAGGGCACGCACGACAUGUUUGCGGUCGGCUGCCGCGUGCCGUGGGAGGCGUGCACGUGCGAUGACGUCACCUUCCGGCAGAUUGUUCCGGACCCGGAGAAGCUCAUCCGAAACAUCACCGUGCGGACGCUGCAGACGCUGGACGAGGACGCGUGGCCGGCGCCGCGAUCCAGCGCGUGCAGUGCACAGGUGGGGGCGUCACGGCUCGUCAUGCACGGCGGGCACAUUGACGGCCGCCCUUGGCAGUCGACGUGGAUGCUGGAGAUGAACGAGGGCGAGCCAACGUGGUCUGAGAUUGGCGAUGACAACCGCGUGCCCACGCUGCGCCCUGACGCAACAUAUGGCGCGGCGUGCUUUGCACACAAGGGCGCGUUUGUUGCUGUUGGCGGUGCCGGUAAUGGGCGGCUGACAGACAGCAUCCACGUGAUGCGCCCCAGCUGCAACGCAGGGUGGGGCGUGGCGUCGUCGUUUCUCAACGAAACGUGCGCGCGGUGUGACGAGUACUCCUUCCGAGCAGACCUGACGCAAGAAACGUGUACGCCCUGUCCUGUUGGCACGCGGCGGCAGAACGCAACAACUACGUUGGGCCUGAGCUCCACGUCAUGCCAGAUGUGCGUGCCCGGGUAUUGCGUGCAUGCAACGCAUCAGCAGAUUGAGUUUGUCGAGAACAAGGCGCGCUGCCGCUGCCACUGUCGCUCGUUCUUCUACGGCGACAGGUGCAACAACGUCAGCACCCAGCGCGUGCUGCUCGUCACGCUGCUGCCACUGCUGCUGCUGGUCGCACUGCUGACGUCGGGGCGCGUGUACCGGUACUUCACGCGUCUGCGCACCACCUCCGCCCUGCAGCAGCGGCUGCUGAGUGAGAAGGACGAUGAACUGCUUGAGCUGCACGCGUCGUGGGAGGUGAGCCCGGACGACCUCGUGUAUCACCAUCGACUCGGCGAGGGCGGGUUUGGCGAGGUGUGGCUGGCAACGUGGCUGGUGCGCGACGAGCGCGUUGCUGUGAAGAAGCUACACACGAACUUGCUGGACGAGGAGACCAUGCACGCCUUUGAGGGCGAGAUUCGCUUCAUGAAGACCCUCAGGCACCGCAACGUCGUGUUCUUCCUCGGCGCGUAUGUUGGCGGGUCGGAGUCGUUGAUUGUGAUGGAAUACGUGCAGCGCGGCUCACUCCACGACCACAUCCACAACACCAGCAGCAGCAGUGGCACCAGCGGCAGUGGCAGCGCCAUCACCCAGCGGCGGCGUGUUGCGUUUAUGCGGGACACGGCGUGUGGCAUGGAGUACCUGCACGGGCUCAACCCGCCGCGCAUCCACCGGGACUUGAAGAGUAUGAACCUGCUGGUGACGGACAACUGGGUGGUGAAGGUGGCUGAUUUCACCACGGCGAAGAAGCUGCUGUGCAAGACAAACAGUGCACAGGACACACGCCGCAACAGGCGCAGAGGUGCCAACCCAAGCACCAGCACCAGCACUGGUGGUGAUGAUGAUAAUGGCAGCAGUAACGGUGGUGGUGGCGGUGUUGGGUGGCGGUUGAAGCGUCGUUUCACAAGCAGUGUUGCUGAUGUUGCUGAUGCUGGUGGUGAUGGUGAUGGUGGUGCUGGUGACGGCGAUGAUGGGAGUGGCGCAGACAGCAGCGCCAGCACCACGCCCAACAACACGGGCAGCGUGUUCAGCAGCAACAACAGCACUACCACCAACAGCAACAGCAGCAACAACAACACCAACCAGGCGCCUGGUGCGCAAAUGCCCGACGCAAAUGCGCGCGUGUAUGUGAACACGACGAGCACAUAUGGAACACUGCACUGGUCGGCGCCAGAAGUGCUGGCGGGACAGCCCUACUCGCUCGCUGUGGACGUGUACAGCUUUGGGCUGGUCAUGUGGGAGACGCUUGCACGCGACGUGCCGUAUGCAGAGUACAGAUUCUUUGGGCAGUUGCGCGAUGCUGUUGUGGACAGGAGGGAGCGGCCUGCCUGUCCACCUUCUUUAUUGGAAAGGGGGCGUGGUGACGACGGUGUUGAUGAGGAGCGUGCGAGGGCGGUUGAUGACGCAUACGUGUCGCUGAUGCAGCGUUGCUGGGUGCACGAGCCGACACAACGACCAACGUUCACGCAAGUGUCACAGGAGCUGCAGGCGAUGGUGCAGCAGCUGGGCGGGGAGCGCCACACCAACAGCCACACUCAUCACAGUGGCAACAGAAAUGGUGGUGGUGGUUGUGGUGGUGGUGUGAGUAGCAAGCGUCAAAGCGGGCCGUUUGGGCCCAUGUUCCAUGGCAGCAGCAGACGGGCGAAGCGCAAGGAUGGCGGUGAUGGUGGUAAUGGCGGCGGUCAUGGAGAUGGUGGUGGUUACGGCGGUGGUCGUGGGGAUGGUGGUCGUGGUCGUGGUGAAGUGCUGGUGGAUUUGCGGGACGAUCAAACGGUCACAGCCCGCUCAACAGAGCUGUGACACACACCCACACACACAUGUACUUGUUCUUGUUCUUGUGAUUGUUUCAGAAAGAGGCCAGCUUCCUGUGGUGUCGUGUGUGUAUCAUGUAUCAUGUAAUUAUUGCUUGGAAGGGCACGUGGAUUUCAGGCAGCAAGCACGGACACUCGUAUUAUCUCCGCCGCAUUCCUUGAUUUACGAGUUGUGUCGCGUGUUGUUCACUCGUGUGUGCAGUGAUGAUUUCGGGGUUGAGAGGAGUGCAGUGAUGUGAUGUGAUGUGACGUGACGUGGGAAUUUAGGUGGUGCCGUGGCCGUGUGCUUUCAGCUCGUUGCGUUCGAUUGUGUUAUUGGUGAACACUGACGUGACGCACACGCAUUCGUACCCAUACAUACGUACAUACACGCGGAUAGGAUGAGCA